AUGAAUAACAUUCUAGAAAACAAUGAAGAUUUACAUGAAGAGUUUAAAACUCUUUUGGUUAAAAUUGAACCGCACUUUGUCGCGUUAAAAUCAAAUCUCGAGAAAUUAUUAUGCCGAGAAUGGUUACACAAGUUAUUCAAGACUGGUAAACACGAAGAAUCACUUAGAAACGCUUAUCUAGCAAAGUUAAUUGAGCAACUAAAAAAAGGAGAUUUAAAAGAACCGUUUAAUAAUCUUCCAAAACACAAAUCACCUUUGUCACCCUUACCCAUACAUAAUUUGUCUAAGCAGAAUAUUAGUGUUCGUGAUAAAAAACCUAUAAAAAAAGUAGAGGAGACUUUGUUUACGGAUGUGGUAGAUGUCCACAAGACUUUAGAUGCUCCAAAAUCCACAGAAAAUCAUGUCCAUACUAAAGAAAUCAAAACGUUUGUUGACGUUAGUGAUAAUAAAUCGAUAAAAACAGAAGAGGAAACUUUGAUUACGAAUGUGGUAGAUGUUCACGAGAUUGUUAAUGCUCCCAAAUCCAUGGAAAAUCAUGUCCAUGCUAAAGAAAUCAAAACGUACGUUGACAUUUGUGAUGAUAAAUCGAUAAAAACAGAAGAGGAAACUUUGAUUACGGAUGUGGUAAAUGWUCACGAAAUUGUUGAUGCUYCAAAAUCCACGGAAAAUCAUGAACAUACUAAUGAAAUCAAAGUGAAUGCGAGUUCCAAUCAAGUAAAAGAGUUGGAUAUCAAUGAAAUUGCAGAUGAUUUUAAAAAAAUACAG